AAGAAUUUCCCGCUUGAAGCAUUCUUUCUGUUACCUCAACAAUCGGAAGUGAUGGGUAGAAACAAAGUGAAUAUUAAGCGUAUUGAAGACAGUCGUUCGCGACAGGUUACGUUUACUAAGAGGAAAGCUGGUCUGAUAAAGAAAGCCUUCGAACUUUCUGUGCUUUGUGAUUGCGACGUAAGUUUAGUGAUCUUCAGUCCUAGCGGAAAGAUGUUUGAGUAUCAGUCUGAAAAAUGGGUCACACUUUUUGAAAAAAUGUUCGCAUACGAGGGUAUGGUUGAAAGAAAAACGAAAGACCAGUCUAAUUUAGUUGAAAUGAAGGCAAGAAAGAGGUCUAUACCAGUUCCACAAAAUAUAAUUGAAUUUGUAGCUAACUUUGAAAAUUCUUUCAGCAAAGAACACAAACUGACCCAUCCUAUUUACUCGAAAUCAUCUUCUAUUAUUGAUAAUGGUAUUGAGAAAGGAGACCUUGCAGGUUGUUCUUCGCUAGCAAUGAAUGACAUAUCUCACUUAAACAAAGAAACAAGUCGAUACGAUCAAUUUGUCAUGCGAAACUUUUCAGGUAGCAGUUUAUCUUGCAACCAAAAUAUGGAAAAGAAUACCACGCAUUCUUCAUGGGAAGAAGAGUAUCUUUUUGAAAGUGGAGAAUAUUUAUCUUCUAAAAUGGCUGGAAAAAUCCCAGAAUCACAACUUUUGAAAACUUCUUCUCCAAGAAGCACGCAUUAUCACCACUCAGGAAGCCAAGAUUAUCAAACGAACCCACAUUUUUCUAAUGUUGUAGUUCAAAUGUCCUCAUCUGAUGAAAAUAAGGCACAGGUGGAAGAAAAACAACCAUUUUAUCAUCAACAGGACUGGAAUGAAGAUAGAGAAAAUGACAAAGAAGCAUCCAUUGAUGUUCAUUCUCAUGAAGAUUCGAGUUCGUUUCGGUCAAGAAAGCGUCUCAAAGUUGAAAUUCCUCACCCAAGUGAGUUUUCAAGCGACGCGCUGAGAACUUCAGAUUGGUUAGCCAACGUUUCUUAUUUGCAGACCAGUAGAAGAUACUUUGGAGAUCAAGACUAUUUUUCAACAAUGAAUUGUUUUACAAACCACAGUAGUGGAUGGUUUUGGAAUCGAUAUAUGGACAACAUUCCCCCAGUACCUCGUUCUCCAUUCCUUUGGAGCACUCCUAGAGGACCUCUUGGAUUUUUUAGUCAAGAACAUUUGUUCACACCAACUUCCAUUUCUGGAGUCAUCCCUAGUCCUGGAACUGAAUUCAUUCGCAAUCCGGAUAUUUGAGAACGAUUUUGUUUAUUUCAAGAUAAUUUCGUAACGUCGCUUUCCAAGUGCAACAUACGAUCCUAUUUUGUGAAGUAUAUUAUCUAUUGUCCCAUAAAGUAGCUAAUGCCUUGUUCAAUUGGUUGGCCGCUUCUUUUGUCUCAUGUAAUGAUAAUGAACCAUAGGAUAUUCGUAAGUAGUUUGGCAUUCCAAAUAAUUGUCCAGGAAAUACCAAAAUGCCAUAUUUGUGUAUUAAAUAUGACACAGCAUCAUAUGAUGAGAUAGACUUUGGUAUAGGAACGAAGAAGAAGAAUCCUCCAUUGGCUCUAUAUGUAUUGUAUUUACUCACGACUUGCCAAAAUAUUUCUCUUCUGGGCACCAUUUCUUUCAAA